CUGUCAACAGCACUGCUUUUUCCAAUAACAAAGGCCUCAUCUGAUGGGCGCGCAAUUAUUUGCUUUGGCCCUACGAGAUUCGAGACUCCGAGAACACAUAGCAAGCUGCUUUCGUAGAAUGCAUCGGUUAGACAUUCAAAUUCAAACGUCAAGACCCAAUGACCAAUAUAUGAAAGAAUCUAACUUCCUUGCAUAGCACCAGUUUCUAUACCUUCUGAGAUCCUUCUUCAAGGCAGCAAGGGCAUCUACAAGCGAGAUUUCGGGCCACAGAGCCAAUCAUUGGAAAAUCUGGGAAUAUUUAGGAACCUAUUUCAAUCACACACUGCGUUUACGUCCAUGGUUGAUUCAGUCGACUAGUCAAAAGGUUUCUACAGGAAUUUUGACCCAAAAGACCGUAUAUAUCGUGCAUCAAGUGUCCAUUUUCGAUUUUGUGCCUCGCCAACGCAUCUUCAAACGAUUCGUCCUGAUCUACCAGGGAUUAUGGCGUUGAGGCUUCGAAAUAUGCUUUUAUGGCUGCGGAGAACAGACGGAGUGCUGCAAAUGCAUCGUCGGUGGACUUGUUUUCCUCAUGCCUGUCAUCCAGUCUAUGGGUCUCAUGCUCAAAAGGACGCGCCACACGGACAUCUUCGAUUCGGCGAACGGGUAGCCAACCCCGGUCGUCGUUUAGGUCGAAUGCAAAGUCAGACCACUCUGAACUUCAUACGUGACGAUACAGCUCCUCGAUUCGUAUCAUCCCACGAGUCUUCUUCCACUCCGCUGCGAUGUUCUCCGUUCAUUCCAGAUGAGCACGGUAGUGCAUGGGCUGAGAUAUAUAGUGAUACAUAGAAAAUCAAGAUAUAAUACAAAACGGACAAUGACAGAGGAACCUAUGCGUCGCACGAUAGUCCAUCCCGCAAUCUUCACCGUCGGGCGCGUGUCACCUGUGGCAGCGUCGGACCUCUAGUCUGUGGAUCGCAACUCGUUUCGUAAAUGAUGACUCCGUCCAAGGCAGUGUUGGUGGGGAUAUUACAUGUUGGUGAGGGUCGGGACUGCGCUCGCCUGCUCCGUGGACUGUCUGGAUGGACUAGCUGUCCGUGCUCAUGUGGUCGCAUAUGGGAUCUCCGGGACUGAAGGUGAUGCGCGC